UUCGCUCCACAAAACUUCAAAAAUUUCUGACCAAAACUUUAUAUUUUUCUCAAUUUACACCGUAAUAUUUUAAUGAUAUAGCUUCAUACUGUCAAUUAUGUUCGUACCUACGGCUAAUCUAGGCCAAACACCGGCUAAAAUGGUUAUUAAUCGAGUUAUUGGGUCAAAUGAAGAACAGGAAGAACUAAACAAGAUGGCGCAUGGCGUUCUCGAUGAACAACGAAGCAAGGAAGUGUUCUCUAGUUACCAGUGUCGGUCACUUCAUAAGCCGGACAUCAAGAAGCACCCUGGAGAUAUUGUUGAAGCUGGAUGUUUAGCUGCUCAGCCACCACCAGAAGCCAAGUACCCUCUCUUUGAUUCCUUACCAACAGAUGUUGUGUCCACAGGAAAACUGAGUGAUCUCCAGCUAGAGGGAGUUCUAUAUGCAUGCCAGAGACAUCAAAUAAUUCUUCCAAACGAACAAAGAGCUGGAUUCUUUAUUGGAGAUGGAGCUGGUGUCGGCAAAGGAAGACAGAUCUCAGGGAUAAUCUUGGAUAACUAUGCCCGAGGCAGAUGCAAGCACAUUUGGUUUAGUAUUUCAACUGAUCUUAAAGUUGAUGCUCAGAGAGAUUUGAAUGACAUUGGUUGCUUUAUCAAAGUCAUUGAAGGCUGUCAACAACUGGACAAGGAGACGAAGUAUGCAUUGCAUGCGCCUACACUGUUAUUAAUAGUUACAAUAAUAUUUUAUAACCAUUACUAACAUACUACCAUCACA